AUCGAAGAAAUUACUCCAAUUACUUUUUACAUCCGGGUUGCACGGUUUCAGCUGUUCAAUUAUCAAGCUAAUGUGAGCUAGCCGCCUUGUUGUUCCCGUCAUUAGUUCCAUCUUAGAAGAAACAGAAGCUUUUCAGUCGGGAAACUUGAUAACAACUGCUAAGGUUCUCUAAAGUCUGUGGCCACAAUGCAUAGACAAUGAUAAUUACGUCUCAUACAAGGGAUGUGGAUGGGAGACUUCCUGCUAAUAGCUAACUGCAUUUACAAGUUAUCUUUUGGCAAGUCCCUGGAGCGGCGCAACUUUUGCCAUUUCACCAUAUAAUCCAUCAUGUCACUACAAAAAGAAUCAGGGAACCGAGGGAAAGAUCGAGAGAGGGGGGCCCGUCCCAAAGUGAGACAGAGCCGGUCAGAGGAAAGACGAGAUACAGGUGUUGGACGGAAAGGCGGAAAGGGGAAGAAAAAAGGCCUUGCCUGCCAUGAACCAGCUGCUGAGCGGCCUGUCAGUGAUGGCUUUGAGUAUGGUGAGCUGUUAAGUGACCUAGAAACCAGGGACCAAUCCUCCUCUUCUCCUCUGAAGGAGAGUUGGAGAUGGCAGGGUUUGGAAGUCGCUGCCUCUUUACUAGGGCAAGAACGGGUAACAGCCAGGCCAGGGCUGGGAACAGUCAGCUCUGUCAGUGAGUUACCUGCAACAAGUGAUGGUGAGAGCAGGGGGUCAAGCAGCAGUCGCACUCUCCGGCAAAAAAUCCAAGAUGCAAUGGGGCAGUGUUUUCCAAUAAAGACGCACAGUGCAGCAGCACCAACACCACCUCCACAGGCUCUUUCAUCAUCAACCGCCUGUGCCUCCUCAAGGCGGAAGAUCCAUCUCAGUGAGCUGAUGUUGGAUGACUGCCCUUUCCCUGUAGGAUCAGAGCUGGCUCAGAAGUGGUAUCUCAUAAAGCAACACACAGCCCCCAUUACCCAGCCUCCCAUGCUGGAUUCUGCAGUAGUGUGCAGUGCCCCAACUUCAGCCAUGGCUACUGUGGUGGAGGAUGUAGAUGACAGGUUACGAGAGCGCAGGCGCAUUAGCAUUGAACAAGGUGUUGAACCACCACCCAAUGCAGAAAUCCACACAUUUGAGGUGACGGCCCAAAUUAACCCUCUCUACAAGCAUGGCCCUAAGCUGGCUCAUGGUAUGAAUGAGUUAGCCGGGGCUGAGAGAGCCCCUGCUCAUCAGCAACAGCAGCUUCUUUUCCAAAGACAGCAGCAGCACCACCAGCUGCUACUACAGAGUUGUUUGGACACUCUGGAUGAAGUGGUGGCCUCAGCCUCAGCCUCAGCCUCAGCCUCAGCAUCAGCAUCAGCCUCAGCAUCAGCCUCAACAUCAGCCUCAGCAUCCGCCUCAGCAUCCGCCUCUGUCCACACCUGUGAUACUAUCUCUGACCCUGUGGUUGACCCAGAGGUUACAGUGACCAACAUGCCCUCUAGAGCCAUACUUCCUCAGACUGAGCAUCACAAAUCUCAAGAUGGCUACCGCAUUCACACUCAAAUUGAUUACAUUCACUGUUUAGUUCCAGACCUGCUGCAGAUUACCAACCUCCCAUGUUACUGGGGGGUCAUGGACCGCUACGAGGCAGAGACGCUGCUGGAGGGAAAGCCCGAAGGCACCUUUCUCCUGCGUGACUCUGCCCAGGAAGACUACCUCUUCUCCGUUAGCUUCCGCCGCUACGGCCGCUCUCUACAUGCACGCAUUGAACAGUGGAAUCACAAUUUUAGCUUUGACGUGCACGAUCCCAGUGUCUUCCACGCUUCCACAGUUACAGGAUUGCUGGAACACUACAAGGACCCCAACUCAUGCAUGUUUUUUGAGCCCCUGCUGUCUAACCCCAUCCACCGCACACAGCCCUUCAGCCUGCAACACAUCUGCAGAGCGGUCAUAAGCAGCUGCACCACCUAUGAUGGCAUUAACAUGCUUCCCAUUCCAAAUGCUUUGAAAAAGCACCUGAAAGAAUACCACUAUAAGCAGAGAGUACGUGUACGGAGAAUGGAUACCUGGUGGGAAUGAAGAACAACAACUGACUAAAAGAAACUACUAAAUAUAUUUUUAAUGCAAGUCUCUCAUAACUGAACUGAACAAUGAGACUUGCUUCACUCUAUCUGGCUGUAUUAACCUACACUGCACUGUACUUAUUUAUUUUAUUCCUGCUGUACAUGUCUUAACAAUUGUACUGAACUACACUGAUGAGAUAAUAUGUAAUCUAACUGAUCUUGCACAGUACAAGUUCUUUAUGCUCAAAUUAAACAAACUUAUUUUGA